CUCACCAUCUGGGAAGCCAGAUGGCUUGUGGUCUGCUCGUGCCAUUUGCAAUCGCUUAUUCGUUUAAGAGCUUUGUGUUGUUCAAGUCUCGAAGUAGGAAAUCGAAGCCAUGGGAAAGUCGUACCCAACAGUGAGUGAGGAAUACAAGAAGGCUGUUGAGAAAUGCAGGAGGAAGCUCAGAGCACUCAUCGCUGAGAAGAACUGCGCUCCGAUUGUUGUCCGAAUAGCAUGGCACUCGGCUGGGACCUAUGAUGUCAAGACAAAGACGGGAGGUCCAUUUGGAACCAUGAAGUACCCAGAGGAGCGUGCUCACGGGGCUAACGCGGGUCUUGACAUUGCUGUCAGGCUUCUUGAACCUAUUAAGGAGCAGUUCCCGAUCCUGUCGUACGCAGAUUUUAUUCAGUUGGCUGGAGUUGUUGCCGUGGAAGUGACUGGAGGACCUGAAAUCCCGUUCCAUCCCGGCAGAGAGGACAAGCCUGAGCCACCACCAGAAGGCCGUCUUCCUGAUGCCACCAAGGGUGCGGACCAUUUGAGGGAUGUCUUUGGACACAUGGGUCUUGGUGACAAGGAGAUUGUUGCUCUUUCUGGUGCCCAUACGCUGGGAAGAUGCCACAAGGACCGCUCUGGGUUUGAAGGGCCCUGGACACCCAAUCCGCUCAUCUUUGACAACUCCUUCUUCACGGAACUUCUUACUGGAAAGAAGGAAGGCCUUCUACAGCUGCCAACAGAUACGGUCCUUAUAGAAGACCCAUCUUUCCGCCCCUUCGUUGAAAAAUAUGCUAAGGACGAGGAUGCGUUCUUUGCUGACUAUGCUGAAGCUCAUCUGCAGCUGUCUGAACUUGGAUUUGCGGAUGCUGAAUAGGAAAAUUGGGCUAGUUGGCUUGGGAAUAUUUUCUUCCGUUUAAUCUCGGAUAGCUAGAGUAGGUAGUUGGGCGAAAAUGUUGGUGGUUUGGGUAAUAUGGUAUUAUCCUUUUUUUUUUGGUUUUUUGGUUGGAUGUGGAUGAACACAUUUUGAAUAUUCGAAGUAUCUUCGCCACUAUCAGAUUAAAUAAGCAUGUGACAAUUAGUAUCAUAUUAGUUUUGUUUGGUGAAAUACAAUGAGACAUGAUGUGGGGUCCCACCUA